GAGUCCCACUCCCAGAUCGUGUUCGGAUUUUUCACCAACGGUUGUCAGUUAAACCCUACUCGAAACGUUUCAGCUUCAGUUCAACCUUCCCUCUCUUCUCCUUCACUUCCUGCGCUCCAAAACCCUAGUCCCUUCCUCAUUGCUUUGUAUCAGCAACAAUACACACGUCCUUACUCCUUCUUCUCUUCAUCCUCACUGCAUUUUGAACUUCGCCCAAUUCUUCAAUUACCUUCUGAUCACAAUAAGCGCGAAAAAUCAAAAGCCAUGAGUGACAGCUGCGUUCUUCAGUCGGAUUCAAUGCAGAGCUCCAGAGUGGCGUGGGAAGGCUGCAGCGUGUUGCUCGAUAUCAACGAUGGCGACCGGCUCGUUUUCUCUCGGCUUACUUCGGGAGCGACAUUGAAAAUUGGCAAUAAGAACUGCUCUUUGAAGCCGUUGAUUGGCUGCCCCUACGGCUCUUUGUUUCAAAUUGAGAGCGCAGGUGACCGGACGUAUUUGGCUAGAGUUACUCCAUCAGCCGAAGAGAAUAAUAAUGUCCAAGAGAAAGGGGAAUGUGAAGUUGUGGACGAAUCGCGGGACAAUCGUGCUUUAGUGGACGAUAACAAAGCUCAAACUCUCACAGGAGAAGACAUUGAUGAAAUGCGCAAGCACGGUGCGAAAGGUGAUGAGAUUAUUGAAGCUCUGAUUGCUAAUAGUGCAACAUACGGGAAGAAGACUCAGUUUUCUCAAGAAAAAUAUAGGCUUAAAAAGCAGAAGAAAUAUGCACCUAGAGUACUUAUGAGGAGACCAUUUACACGAAGCAUAUGUGAGGCUUACUUCAAGAAAUAUGCUGCCAGAAUUGGAUUUCUACGUGUUGACACACUAUCCCUGUUGCUGUCUAUGGCUAAUGUUGGUGCCAGCUCUGAUGUCCUUGUUGUCGAUAUGGUUGGUGGUCUACUUACUGGUGCUGUAGCAGAACGUUUAGGAGGUACUGGUUUUGUCUGCAAUACAUAUAUUGGAAGUGCACCAUAUUCCAUGGAAAUAGUUAGAAUAUUCAAUUUCAAUGAUGAAAUUUGCAAGAGGAUUGUGCGGACUCAUCUGGAUGACCUGUGUUCAGCUCAACCUGUAACUUCUGAGCAAAAAGAUAAGCAUGAAAGUGAAAAUCAUAUGGAACUACAUGAUGAGACUUCAGCCAUGAAUGUGGAAGAGAUGUCUGUUUCAGCUGAUUGCGAGGUUGCUGAUGCAGAUACCGAGACUGCUCCAACUAUCAAAAUAAACAAAUCACCUAAAGCCGGUGAAAAGCCAUCACCUGAGGCCUUUCAAUUGUGGAAGGAGAAGGGUUUCUCUUGCCUCAUAAUUGCUGCACCUGAUCUAGAUCCGUGGAGUACAGUUAAAAGGCUGCUUCCACUUUUGUCAUAUUCCGCUCCAUUUGCCAUCUACCACCAACAUCUCCAGCCUUUGGCAACAUGCAUGCACAAUUUACAAGUUGAGAAAAUGGCUAUUGGUCUGCAACUUUCUGAACCCUGGCUUCGCGAGUAUCAGGUUCUUCCAUCGAGAAGUCACCCAUUCAUGCAAAUGAAUGCAUUUGGUGGCUACAUCCUAUGUGGCACGAGGAUACAUACCACUGCAGCUAAUGGAGGCACACCGAAGCAUGAAAAGGCGGCGCUUUAGCGUUCAGUUGAUGGCCAAAUAGCACGAAUACAUAAUCGGCCAGAGUGUAUACUAGCCUUACAUUUGUGUUCCUUUUUUGGACCUGUUUCUGAUCCGUACUUUCCUUUUUACAUAAACUUGUAGCCCUGCAGGUCCAAAUCCAAUGCCUGAAAAUUUAGGGUUACAAAACUGCACUUUUCAUCCCUCCCUGUUCAUGUAUUUUUACCUUUGUGUUAGUUAUUUACGGUAUCCUUAUAUAACAUCUGCUCAAUCAGUGAACUCCCAGGGUCGUUUGAUUGUUGUCUACAGUGAACAACAGCAAAAGAGGACUCUUACCAAUGACCCUGGAGGCAUGGGAAUGGGUCGUAGUUUCGGACUUAUUCCGGUGGGCUAAUCCAAAAUGAGUCCGUCGUCCAAUUUGGGCCUAAUCAAACUUGGCGCACCUUAAUA